UUCGUUUUUUUUUUGUUGCAUCGCUUCGGAGGUGGAGACCCGUCAGGACGAGCGCGUCGCCUCCACAGGAGCGCGCACAUUGGCACAGGCUGGAACAAAACAGAGAGACGCAGCUCAGUGCAGCGCAGGCAGCUUUGCGUUUUGAAAGCAGCACGGGAGGCAGGAGAGUUUUGGAGUCGCGCGCGGGGAAGCGGUGCAAGUGUCGGCUGCACCAGGGGGACCGACGCCUUCUUCUGUGAAUAAAAAGAAACCCCACCGGGAUACCGGGACGAACACUUGGAUAUGGCGGGUGUGAGGCUGAUCGACCUUCUCCUUGGAGUUGUUGUAGUUUUGCAGUGCGUGGGGAACGUCCGAGCCGAGAUCACAGCCGCGGACGGUGUCUUCUACUCGUAUGUGGAGGGGCUGGGGGGGGAUGAGGACACAGCGGCCGACCUGAAGCUGUACAGCCACAGGUGGAGGAGACGGGUUCCCAUGAAACCCCGGAACAUGGACAGCAACAGGGCCAGUCAGGAGCAGGACCAGGACCAGGACCAGGACAAGGACCCGGACCCGGAGCAGGAGGAGCCUGAGGGGUUCCCAGGCCUGCUCUCCGCGGAGGAGAGAGACAACAGCUCCCAGAUCGAGGAGGACACAGAUCACAACUACUACACAUCCAAAACGUGGGGGCCGUCCGAGGCCAGGAGCAAAGACUUGUGGGUGGACGUCGACCACAUGGACAAGGAAAAAGUGAAGAUCCACGGCAUCCUGUCCAACACGCACAGACAAGCGGCGAGAGUCAAUCUGUCCUUCGAUUUCCCUUUUUAUGGACAUUUCCUGCGUGAAAUCACCGUGGCCACUGGUGGUUUCAUCUAUACGGGCGACGUGGUCCAUCGUAUGCUGACGGCCACUCAGUACAUCGCUCCCCUCAUGGCCAACUUCGACCCGAGCGUCUCCAGAAACUCGACCGUCAUCUACUUUGACAACGGUACUGCUCUGGUGGUGCAGUGGGAUCACGUUCACCUACAGGACAACUACCACCUGGGGAGCUUCACCUUCCAGGCCACGCUGCACAACACCGGCAGGAUCGUGUUCGCAUACAAAGAGAUCCCCAUCGAGGUGGCAACGAUCAGCUCCGUCAAUCACCCGGUGAAGGUGGGCCUGUCCGACGCCUUCGUGGUCGUCCACAAGAUCCAACAGAUCCCCAACGUGAGGAGGAGGACGAUCUACGAGUACCACCGCGUGGAGCUGACGAAGACGAAGAUCACUAAUUCUACCGCGGUAGAAAUGUGGCCGUUACCCACCUGUCUCCAGUUCACCAGCUGCAGCUCCUGCAUCUCCUCCCAGAUCAACUUCAACUGCAGCUGGUGUCAUCGCCUCAACAGAUGUUCCAGUGGCUUCGACCGCCAUCGGCAGGACUGGGUGGACAACAGCUGUCCAGAUGAGACCAAGGACAAGAUGUGUGACAUCAUGGACACGACGCCCCUCUACCCCUUCACCACCACUGCUGUCGCCAAAACAACGUCCAGGAGCAGCGAGGCCACUUCAGGCCGGGACAGACCCUCCACCACCCACCCUCCAACCAGUGUCCCCACCGAAGAUGAUACGAAGAUCGCUCUGCAUCUCCGAGACAACCAGGCUGAGAGCGCUGUGGGCAGGAAGCCUGGCACACACCCCCUGCACACCGGCCUGAUCCUCGGUAUCCUGCUGGUGAUGCUCGUCAUGAUCGCUGGUGUCCUGAUCACCGUCUACAUCUACCAUCACCCCACCUCCGCCGCCAGCCUCUUCCUCAUCGAGAGACGCCCGAGCAGGUGGCCGGCCAUGAAGUUCCGCCGGGGGUCAGGUCACCCGGCCUACGCGGAGGUGGAGCCGGUGGGCGGCCAGGAGAAGGACGGCUUCAUCGUGUCCGAGCAGUGCUGAGGGGGAGGUGGGGGUGUCCGCAUCCCUGCUGCCUCCCCCCCCCACCCCACCCCUCCUCCCCGUGCCGGUCCUCCUCCUCCUCCUCUUCCUCAUCCACCAGGACCAUCCAGGAUCUGCUCGUCACCGGAGGAGCCCGGCGUGGACUCCUGUAGACUUGACGUGCCGGCCCAUUGAGCGCUAGAUGAGACGGGAUGCAGCAGCCGCCGACACGGGCGAGCGAGGAAACCCUGAGAGCCGAUCCAGACAGACGUAAUGCCAGGAACCGACCGGCGGAGGGAACAGCCUCCACGUCACCAUUGGUCCAGAGUUUCUUCAGCUGCUCUCACGUUGCCAUGGAGGGAUUGUGACUGCUGCUGGCUUGGGUGAUGAGGGGGGGGGGGGGGGGGAGCAGGGUGAAUUAUACAAUAUCUAUAUUUUCUGAAACAUUUACAGAGUAUGUGAGCAGAGAUUUUUCCACUCUAUUGUCGGUGGGGUUAUACAGUAUAGGCCUUUGUAUAUCCAUCAGGGUUUCGCCCCUCUUUUCUUUUAUUCUCUGUCUGUUGUUUUCAAGGGGGGGGUUGGCACAUGUAUCUGUACAGACCGUCUGUAUUGCUUUUUCAAUACAACCAGCCGGCGUAAUUGACUUUUCCACAGGCCGAGGCCGCGUGUUGCGUGAUGCGACUCGAGCUGAGCCUCCCGUCAGAGAGAAGCUCUGAAACACCUCGUGACGGUCGGCUGGUUUUCAUUUUACUAAAAAAUUAAGUGUAAGAUGUGUUUUAGUUUUUUUUUGUUCACUGAGAUUAUAUCGGUGAGGUUUCCUUUUUUGAGUGGGUGAUGGGCAAGCUCUUUCCUUCUCUCUAUUUUGAUUGGUUGUUUGAUUCCUUUUGUCAUUGAAGUUUUGUUAAUUUUUUUUUUCUCAUCACUGCCGUGCCAUUUUCUUUCCCUGAUGAGGGUUUGCACAUUUUUUCCCAUGCACAUUUCUUUUUUUUUUCUCAUUUGACUUUGUGGUACUAAUGCAAAAUUGCAAGACAGGCGCUUGUGAGUGUGAAUAUAUUUUCUAAGGUGUAAGUGUGUGUGUGUGUGGUUGUGUGUGAGAGUGUGUGUGAGUGUGUGUGAAUGCAGAAGAGAGCGGUUUACACAAGAGACUGGAUAUCCACCUGCUUUACGGGUGCGUACGUUUGAGCUGGCUCUGCACACUUGAUUCUUAUUGAUUUGAAUCUUAAGUAUCUGGAUACAUUGGAGUUUUCUUGAUUUUUUCUUUUUUCACAGUGUAGUUUCCUUUUCCAAGUUUGUUGCCAGCAUAACCAGUUGUGUGUCCAUGUUUAACAAUCACGAGCAACUCAUCAAUACAAACGCACACAUGUACAUACCGAGGCCAAAACAUUUGCAGAUUCAGGUAAUCCACGGCGAACAUUUGUAGAAUAGCAGUAAUAGUACUGGAGAACUUUAUUUUUUAUGAGUGGCCUUUUUUUCUGUACUUUUUUUACCUGAAUGUGAAUAUUGUUCCAAUCGUUUCUGUCACCGAUCAAAAAUCGCAGCUUCUGACUGAGCAAAUUCAAACUCUCAUUUCUACUGUUAGACAUUAUUUUUUAAGACAAAAAUCAUGUUUUACACCAACGAUUGUAGACUCAUCUUACCGACACCAUCGAUAUCCUGGAAUCCUACUGAGAAAUUCAACGUGCAAUAUCACCCCUGUUCAGUUUGACACUGAAAAUGCACCUGGAUAUUUUUUUAUUUUAUUCUAUUCACACUUUGUCACCAUCACAUUGAGACCAAAGACUAAUCAGCAUCUGAGCGUGUUUUAUUUUCCAGCAUUUACCUCAGUCUCCCCUCGGUGCCACCUCAUUACCCAGAAUACCACCACACACAUCAGACAGCCCAGUGGUGGGAAACAUCUGCCAUUGACUAUGUUGUUGCUCUAAAACCCUCCCACCAACAGUGAUCGUCCAAUCAGCUUUGGAGUGCGUCAUCAGUUACGAAUGUUACACAACCUGUUGAGUCUCUUAAAUAUUAUUAACCUGAUUUUAAAACACUUGCAAUUAUUCAUGCUGUGUUUUCAGAAUCCCUUCAAAAUGUGGAGUUAUAACAAAGAAAACUGCACUUCUGUAAAUUAGCACAAAGAUGGUGGCUACCCCCAAGGUGGGCUCAUCACUUGUAUCAUGCAGCAGGUUGAAUCUUUCCCUUACAGCCGGUGAGAAGAGUUCUUAUAUUCUGAAAACAGCAUCAGAACAGCAGCAAGAUCUUGUUAAACCAAGAUGGUAUUAUACACCAGGCUAAAGUUAAUGACCUUUGCAAGACCAGUUGGUUAAUGAGUCCUCUUCCUGAAAGCCUUUCACAUUAUGCUAAUUAAAGGAAUAAAAAAUUGUUUCUUUGGGAGUUGGAAACAUUAUUAGGACAUAAACAGUGUUCUUUCUAUUUUGGCACAAAAACAUUGUCUGACAGGUGAAUCUGCCAGUAACCAAGGAGGCGUGGCUUAGCUGGAGGCCGCCUCCCAUCUGAAUCUACAAUCUAAAUGUGAUGAGGGCCUUUAAUCCUCGCUACACACCCAAAGAUACACAAGCGCCACAGUGUCUGAACACCUAAUCAAUGACUCACUGGCUGUGUUCAUUCAUCUAACCUGUCCCUCCAUCAUAACUCUCACUGGUGUCAGCCUGAGAGGACAAACCUCUGCUUUUUAAACCAUCUAUUUUAUGACUCCUCAUAACUUCCUGCAGCGUCCGGGAGAGAACUGAUUGUUUCAUUUGCAGGCCACUGCCUACAGAUAUUUUUUAAGGAGACAUAUGAUGCUUUUUUCAGUGUUUCUUUCCUCCGAUGGGUUAUAUAGUUGUUUUUUUUGUCAUCCCCUGACAAAUUUGACCAAUCAGAGCAGACUGGGAUAAAUUGGGUGGGGUCCUUAAAGAGACGGGAGUUAAAACUAAGUGUUUGAGACAGAGGCAGAGAAUGAAGAAGAUUAUGUUUUCUGAACAUUACAGCAGGUUAACCUUUUCAAUUAAUCACCCAAAUUUAAUUAAUUGACCUAAAUAUGCACAUAAUGUGUCUCCUUUAAAAUAUUGUCAGAUUCUAACCAUGUGAAUAAAUGCUCUCUGAAGAUGCUCGGAACAUCUGUGUGUCGUCCGCUGCCAACUGAAGCACCCAAUGUGAUUCUACCCGUUCUCAAAGUGCAGGCAGAGAAUGUGGCUGAGUUGAAAACACUUACGCUGACGCAACAGGAGGUUGUGGAGCAGCAGAAACCAUCACUCGACUAAUUGCUCCCACUCCCACUUUCCCAACGUGUCGUUUUAGAUGAUGACGAGUGCUGUGGUUGCUAUGGGUACCUGCUGUGUGCCACUCUUCGUCCUCAGACUCUCGGGUUGGAGCGAAUGACGAAGGCUCGAGCUGAAUGUGAAGAGCUCAGUGCCAAGAAAUGAGAAUUGGGAUUUUUCUUUUCCCUCCCGGCUUUAUUUUGUACACGUUAUCAUGGCGAUCCACAGCGAACAAUAAAAACCACACAGUAUCA